AUGUCUAUAGUCGAGAGGAUUGUUUCUCGGCUGGAUGUCAACAUUGACAAAGUUCAAUUGCAGCUUAUCGACGAAGAUGCCGAACAGGCUAGGAGGGGGUCCUCUGAAAAGGCCUAUGCAAAUAUACCAGACCCUAAUACGUCAAUACAAACCAUAAACAGGCUCAAGGCCCUGGUGCAAAGCUUAUCAGCAGAUUCCAAGGGCUUGCUUAACCAUCGCAAACUGCUAGGCGUGCUGACUCAAACCCAGCGGUCUCAUAAAGAUAUCUUUUAUGAUAAGGCUGUGGCAGACGAUGCUAGUGUCUAUCAGGUUGUCUGGGUCUUUGCCGGAAAGGCUGCAGCGCAGACUCUCGGUGUAAUUCUGAAUAUAUUGCUUAAACACUUAUCGACCAUUGACGAUGAGAUUGACUAUUGGGAUGGAAUUCUGACCUCAAACUUCUAUACUGGUUACUAUACUCUUCAAACCGCGCCUUCGAGAGCGUGGUCCAGGGCAUAUGAGGUGUAUGUAGGCCUCAGAAACACUCACUUGCUGGAUACUAGGCAGUCUUCCAGGACUGUCACUCAAGUAUGGAGCCAAUUUUAUCAAUUGGUGCAGCGUAAUGUCCAAGAAAAUUUCGCACAAAAUGCAACAAAUGCCGUCAAAUCCCCCUUUGCCCGCUGCAGAACCCAAAUUAGGGAAAAACGGAAAUCUCUCAAACUACUCAAGGAUCUCAAUGCUAGCGCCAUUGGUAUUUUACUAGAGGAAUCUUUCGCCUUGGGUAAUGGAGACCAACUCUCAGACAAAUCAACUGUGAAUAUCUCUGAAUGGCGUAAUAGUGUGCAUAGAAGCACAAUAUUAAUGGAAUCGGUCCUUCAACACCUGAAAAACUCCGAUGCUUCCCUAAAAGAAUUCGAGGGUAAUGUUUCAAAUAAUAUCGCCGCUCAAUUUCAAAACGAGCAACAUAUAACCACGAAGAAUAAUACUCUGCAACCACUCAAUAUUAUCGAGCGCUUGGUCUCUAUAUUGCAAGUGCGAAUUCAGGACAAUGCUACAUCAACAAAUGUUUUGGUGCGUCAACAUGGGCGCCCGUCUCCUAUCGUUCGCUAUUGGAUACCAGCCUCAAGCGCUUUGUUAUCGCUGAGUACUUUGCUUCGCAUUAUUACUAGCCGGAAAGCCGAACUUCUGACAUGGAUCUCCGAAUUUGGAGCUACCCUGAUCGAUUUCUGGGGGAAUUGGGUACUAAAACCGAUUGAGGAUCUUAUCGGAACCAUCAGACACGAUGAGCAAAGCGAGAUUGCUAUUAUGAGUAGGAAUAGCUUGAAAGCAGACCAGGAAAGCUUAGAAAGGAUGGUUGUGGACUUCGUUUCUGACCAUCUUCCAUCAAGUGAACGUUCGGGGCCAGAUGUUGAGAUGAUAACGGCGCAGGUGAGAGAAGGCGACUUGACAGCUGUCUUGAAGGCUUAUGAAAGGGAUCUACGCAAACCAUUUGUUGGCACUAUAAGGGGCGAUCUUAUUCGCGCCCUUCUCAUCCAAAUUCAGAAGACCAAAGUAGAUGUGGAAGUAGCCGUGGGGGGGAUUGACGCAUUACUAAAAAGUCAGGAGCUUGUUUUCGGGUUUGUGGGCUUGACCCCUGGUAUACUCGUGUCGUAUGCUACUCUUCGAGGAAUCGGAAGCUUUCUCGGUAACAGAAAGGGUUUCCGAGCCGGUACUGAGAAGCAACGGAUCAGGCGUGCUAUUCGGAAUGUCAAUCGCAUCUUGAGUGAAGCCUCGUCAACACCCAAAGGCAUUUUAUCCUACAGAGAUUACGGAUUGUUCAUAUCCGAAGCAUACGUCAUGAGCCAAAGUUCCCAAUAUACGCUUCCAAGAUCUGUUUUAGGUGAUUUCAAACAAGAUCUAGCCGACCUCAUGGAUGUAGGCAAAGGGGUGAAAUCCCAAAUGAACGUCGUGGGCCGCAUUCAAUGGAUGUAUUCCAGGUGGAUCUGA